GGCAAACAGAAGGAAGUUAAUAAUUACUGAUUUAUAAGACCCUGCAAAGUAAAGAUGGCUGACCAGUUGAGUCACAUUGAAAUAGUGGUCCAACAGCUUAACAAAUUCAGUCCUGAAAACGAGUGUGUUGGGCAUUUUUUGGAAGACUCGGCUAAGGUUUUAGAAAAUUUCAGUCUAAACAAUAAAACCUUGUUGAUGGAGAUUUUGUCUGGCUGUAUUGAAUAUAAACCUUUGUUGGAUGUGGUAGUCAAAGCAUUUUAUAUUCGAGAUGGAAAACAUUGCCUGUUGUCUGAGCAUAAUCUAUAUGUUGUUGUUUGUUAUUUAGCCACAUUUCAGCUGGAAGAGCUUGGUCUUCAGCAGUUCAGUAGAAUAAUCAAGUUGCUGGAUAUUGCUAAGAUAUGUAAGUUUCUCAGGUUUUUUUUCAAUGUCGUGAAUCUGAGCACAUGGAUAAAAGAUGAAUGGAGUCAGAUAUACGAUUCUGUUUAUGUAACAACUAAUUGGAUUGAACCAUUGUUAAGAUGGCAACCAAAAGUGCAACAACUUAUUGAUCAGCUUGAUGGUAAAUUAGUGAGCGAUAUUUUUCCCUUGCCAAAGAUAACCGAACCAAAGGAGUUUCGCUUGACAGUCCCUAAUCCACGACCUGUUUUGAUCCCGGAGUUGAUUAUACAAAGAAAGUAUACUAAGCCUGUCCCAGAAGACACUUAUAAACGUCCUGAACUGGAGCAGUGCCUAAAAGAAAUCAAACUAAAGAAUCGCCAGAAGGCAGAGGAGCUGUUGCUGGAAGCAAAUGUUAAUCAGUUCUCUUGUGCAGCCCCGAAGCCUGAAUCUACAAGCACAAUUAUAAAUGAAAUACCAAAGUAUACAAAGAGAUUUCAGGCUCAGAAGAUCAAAGGAAAGACAGACAAUGCGUCUGUUAAACUAAAUGCAACAGCAAUCCUAAGAGAAGGUAUCCUGUAUCAACGAAAAAUUGAUCAAGAAUUGAACAGAAUUGAACACCUUCUGCGAGGAGCUCGGGAUCCAUCUGAAUUCCUAGACUGGCAAAAGCAAAUGCGUGAGAAUGACUUGAAUCAGCAGCUGGCAGAAGCAGAGUGCAAGAGGCUACAAGGAAAGCUAAGCUAUGAGGAUGCUGUUCUAGCACAUCAGAAGUGUACUUGGGAAAACCAGAAAAGGGCUGAACAGAAGAGGUUAGAGGAAGCGAAAAUGUGGCAACAGUGUAAAGAAAAACACCUUCAAGAAGACAGAGAAAAAAAGAAACUGGUGCAGCAGGUGUCAGAAGGGCACAAAAAUGUGAAACAAGCACAAAUGAAACUUCAAAAAUACAAGCAUCAAAUAGCUCAAGAAGUGUCUGAAGAAAGCCGGGAAUUCCUGCUUCAAGCUUUAAAACAAGAAGAGGAGGAAUUCAAAAAAAGAUGUGACUUGAUUCAGGAAAUAAGAGCGAUAGAGUAUCUGCCACGCCAAAAAAUUAAAUUUGUUGAUUUAACCGAGACAGCUGGCCAUGGUGUUUUUGGUGAAAUGUCAGUAGUGGAACUGCAGGAACGCUUAGCCUUGCUGAAGGAAGCACAGAAAAAGGCAGAAGAUGAGAAAAGAGAUUUAAUAAUACAUGAAAAACGCAAUAAGGAACAGCUUCUUUUGGACAAACUGGAACAGAUCUCCAUGUUCAGAGAAGCAUUUGGAAGAACAGCUGCACUGAAACAGGAGGGAAAGAAAAUUAAACCUCAGUUUAGUGAAGGCUUUCUGAAAGAUGAACGAGUUUUAGAUCUAGAGAAAAAGAUUGCUGAAAAAUCUGUGGAACGUAAAAUGCAAACUCAGAACUUUAAGAAUGCAUGCAUGGAGUACAAUGAAAGGUCAAAGAAGUCAAAGAAAAAAUGUCUGCAAGAAGAUUACUGGAAGAAGAUGGAAGAAAGUCGGCAACGACAGUCUAAGAUGCUUCAGCAAGAUUUUAUGUCACGGGAAGUAGCUCAAAAAAGGAUUGCACGUGAGGCUGAGAUAACUGGGACCGGUGCUUGUAUAGUACGUUCUUAAGACAGACAAAACUGUUCCCCAAAAUAUUUCUGUUUACAUGACAUGGCAUAAUAUAGUAUCAGCCUUUCAACUCCAUUUCUGGAGUUGUUUCUAUAAAUACUAGAAGGUAGGUUUAAAAAUCAAAUAUACCAUUGUACUAAAAUAAUUGACUGCUGAUUGUAUUUCACACCAUUUCACACUUUAUUAACUUAUCAGAACCAUUAAGCUAACUUUAAUUUUUGUAUGGUAAUAGUAUGUAACAU